AUGUCUCCUUGGGUUAUAGGCUUAGCUAACAUCAUAAUAGCUAUCCUUAUUUACAAGCUUUUGAGGCUCCUAACUGGGCCUUCGUUACCUCUGCCACCAGGCCCGCGGCCAUGGCCCAUCGUGGGAAACUUGCCUCACAUGGGCCGUGCGCCACAUAGUGCCCUAGCAGCCUUGGCUCGUACCCACGGGCCUCUUAUGCACUUACGGUUGGGUUUUAUCGACGUGGUGGUGGCGGCGUCGGCAUCCGUGGCGGAACAGUUCUUGAAGGUUAAUGACACGAAUUUCUUGAGCCGGCCAAUAACCACUACCAUUAAAUGCUUGAGCUAUAACAACCAAGACCUUGCUUUUGCUCCCUACGGUCCACGGUGGCGCGCGCUUCGGAAAAUUUUCGGCCUUCACAUGCUCUCUGGCAAGGCCGUGGAUGAUAAUAGACAUCUACGACAGGAAGAAGUAGCAAGAUUGAUACGGAAUAUAGCAAGUUCAGACUCUAAACCAGUGAACCUGGGACAAUUGCUAAAUAUUUGCACCACCAACGCAUUGUCGAGGGUGAUGAUGGGACUACGAGUUUUCAACGAUGGCAUUGGUGAUUGUGAUCCCAGGGCAGCUGAGUUUAAGUCUAUGGUGCUUGAUCUUAUGGCGUUGCUUGGAGUUUUUAAUAUCGGUGACUUUAUUCCUGCCUUAAAUUGGUUGGACCUUCAAGGAGUGAAAGUUAUGGCCAAGGAUGUACAUAAGAGGUUUGAUACAUUUUUAACGACCAUUCUUGAGGAACAUGAGAAUUUGAAGACCGACAAACCCCAGGACUUGUUGAGUACGUUGCUAUCACUUAAAGAGGCUCCCGAGGAUGGAGAUAAACUCACUGAUGCAGAGAUCAAAGCCGUUCUUUCGAACAUGUUUGGGGCUGGGACAGACACAUCAUCAAGCACAGUAGAGUGGGCAGUUGCUGAACUGAUCAAGAACCCAAGAAUUAUGACUCGUCUCCAACAAGAGUUAGACAAUGUUGUAGGCAAAGAUAGGCUUGUGGCUGAACAGGACUUGCCCCACCUUCCGUACUUGGAGGCUAUGGUGAAGGAAACACUUCGUCUUCACCCACCAACCCCUCUUUCCCUCCCACGAAUUGCGGCAGAGAAUUGUGAGAUCUUUGGGUACCACAUCCCCAAAGGUGCAACUCUUUUGGUAAAUAUUUGGGCCAUAGCACGUGACCCUAAGGAAUGGUCUAACCCGUUGAAGUUCCAACCUGAAAGAUUCCUCCCCGAUGGUGAGAAGGCUAAUGUUGAUGUUAGGGGCACAAACUUUGAGGUUAUACCCUUUAGUGCUGGUCGUAGGACAUGUGUUGGUAUGACCUUGGGCUUGAAGAUGGUUCAGUUACUCGUUGCUACCUUGGCUCAUGCUUUUGAUUGGGAAUUGGAGAAUGGACUUAAACCAGAAGAACUUAACAUGGAUGAACAAUAUGGGAUCACCCUGCAAAGAGCAAUUCCUCUCUCAGUCCACCCUCGCCCUAGGCUCUCACCACACGUGUACGAAUCCUUUUAA